GCGGGCAUUAAGUCUGAGACUAAACUUCAGAAAGAGAAAGGGAGCGGACAGAGGAGAGCAAAAUAGUUGUUUUUCUAAGCCCACGCGGCUCAGACAAAGACGUGUCUCACGAAAAGAGAGGGAAUAUAUAUUUUUUUAUUCUUCUGUUCAUUUUCUCACUACGGAUCAUACGGAAUAAAAACCUUGUUAAACUGGGAUUUUCUUCAAUCUGAAUUCAACAGUAAAACAGAUUUAACCUGAGACUGAUUCUUCUUGUGGGACUAGUUUUAUUAGGAUCCUACUAGUUGUCUGGUGUGGAUAUAAUACCAGUCUGUAUUUGAGAUGGGGUCCAGAACUCUUCUACUUAUUCUGGGUCUUCAUUUCACUCUGCUAGGGAACGUAGAGGCCAUAGUAUGUAGUCAGGGUCUCAUAUCCCAUCAGAAUAAAUGUAUAGAUGCAGAUGAAUGUACAGAUCUGGAGCAUGGCCCACCGCCCUGUGGAAGCUACUCAACGUGUUACAACACACAGGGGAGCUUCUACUGUCAGUGUCUACCUGGGUUCAUAUCCACAACAACUGUCAACUUUACCUUUCCUGGACAGUGUACUGAUCUCAAUGAGUGCCUGGAGAAACCACAGGCUUGUGGCAGCAACACCAUUUGCGUCAACACCAUUGGGAGCUUCAACUGCCGGUGUCAACCUGGGUUCAGAUCUAAUAUAACCAACGUCACUAGACACUGUGCGGACAUGGAUGAGUGUAAUGUAACUGCUGGUAUCUGUGGAGUGGGUGGGACCUGCGAUAACCUGGAAGGAAGCUACGCCUGUCUCUGUAACCCUGGACACAGUAACUAUGGCAACAAAAAGGCUCAGUGCUCAGUACUGACCUGUGACCAGUUCAAAGCAGAUGAGACUCCUGGACAGACUGUCCCAGGUUUAGCUGGUCUCCUGUCUCUGAUGAGGAACAGCUGUCUGGCGUUAAGUAACUCUGGGGACGCAGCCGGAGGGAGACUGACUGGAGAGAUCCUACUGAAGAAUGUCUAUACAGAGAUGGAUAGCUUCCUGUCUCAAGGUAUCCUAAAUAACAGCCGGGAGGUGAGUGAGUUGCUAGGCACCGUGGAAGACGCCAUGAGGUUCAUCGGGCCACAGCUGAGAGACAACCACACCACCAUGGAGACAGACCACACAGCGACUGAGCUUGCAGUGAGGAGGGGACAGACUCCGCCCACUGGGCCAAUCAGCCUGGCCAAUGACAACGCUCGACUGGACACCAGCUGGGAGACAGCAACCGGCAAUGGGACAUACCCAGGUUUCGCUCUGGCUGGGUUGGUGUGUUACAAGACAGUGGAGAGAUCUGUCAACAACUCCUUCCAGUACCUCACUGACACAGACACAGACACAGACACAGACACAGGAACCGCCACAGCAUCAAAGCCUAGCUACCAGAUCAGUUCCAAGGUGGUAACAGCUCUCGUCAGUAACCCAGCAACAGACCACCUCACCCAGCCUGUCAUCCUCACCUUCAAACAUCUCCAGGUGAGGGUGGAGUCAUCAGAAAUGAACUAUACCUGUGUGUUCUGGUCGGAGGGGCGUGUCCAUGAAGAGGGAGGGGCGUGGUCAAGGAGUGGCUGUACCAAAGUCACGUCUAACGCUACACACACCGUGUGUUCCUGUACCCACCUUAGCAGCUUUGCUGUUCUCAUGGCCCUCUACCCUGUAAAGCACACCUUUGAGCUGUGUCUGUUGACGUGGCUGGGUCUGUCGGUGUCUGUGGUGUGUCUGUUGCUGUGCAUCCUGACCUUCUGGAUGUGUCGGUCCAUCCAGGGGACACGCACCACCAUCCACCUCCACCUCUGUGUCUGCCUCUUCAUCGCUGACCUCGUCUUCCUCAGCGGUAUCUCUCACACACAGAGCAAGGAUGGAUGUAGGGUUGUAGCAGGUCUCCUCCACCUGUUCUUCCUAGGAUCCUUCAGUUGGAUGUUGUUAGAGGGGGUUCAGCUCUACCGCAUGGUGGUCCUGGUCUUCAACACUACCAUAAGACCUCUGUACCUGUAUGCUGUGGGAUAUGGACUGCCACUGGCUAUAGUCAUCAUCUCUGCUAUCACCUACCCAGAUGGAUAUGGUACCACACAACACUGUUGGUUGUCUCUGGAGAGAGGAUUCAUCUGGAGUUUCUUCGGCCCAGUGUGCACCAUCAUCAUUCUCAACGCUUUCUUCUUCAUCAUCACUGUCUGGAGGCUGGCCCAGAAGUUCUCUAGUCUCAACCCUGACCUCUCCAACCUACACAAGAUCAAGGUGUUCACAGUGACAGCAGUGGCCCAGCUGUGUGUGUUGGGUACUAUGUGGAUAUUUGGAGUGUUCCAGUUCCAAGAGGAGGGGACAGUGGUCAUGACAUAUCUCUUCACUAUCCUCAACUCUCUACAGGGAGCACUGCUGUUCAUCAUGCACUGCCUACUGAACAAAACGGUGAGAGAGGAGUAUUGCAAGCUGCUGUCCUGUAUCUGCACACCACAGAAGAAGAGAUACUCAGAGGGCAGCACUACCAACCCUUCCUCCAGCCAAUCCCAGGGGUCAAGGAGCGCAGAGAACACAUCGGAGUCGCAGAAAUGACGUCACCAAACCCCCAUAAUGCACCUCUUUACUCCUCCCAUAACAAAGGUUCCCACUACAUGGCCAAACUGUGAAGUCAAAAUGUUCGAUAUCGUAAACAUUUAUGAAAACAAAUAUUUGCGUUUCUGAUAUAGCAUCUUGGCCAGAUAGUGACAACCCAGAAACACUCAGACCGAGGAUAGUACUGUUCAGGCCAGGUUAGUAGAAAAUGUGUCAAACUAGCCCGCCGGAUAGUAAAAUAUGUAGUCCACUAGCCAGGUUGGCCAGUGACCAAAAUCCUUCAGUUCCAUCCCUGAUUAGACACUUCAUAUCAAACUUGAUGUUAAGCAAUGUCUUAUCAAGCAUUAGGUUAUCCAAUCACAAGUUAUAUGAUCUUCAUGUCAUCCAAUAGGAAUCCAUAUCAUCAUUAUGUCGUCCAAUAGGAAUCCAUAUGAUCUUUAUGUCAUCCAAUCAGAAGUUAUAUGAUCUUCAUGUCAUCCAAUAGGAAUCCAUAUCAUCUUUGUCAUCCAAUCAAAGUUAUGAUAUUUAUGUCAUCCAAUAGAAAUGAAUAUCCUCUUUAUGUAAUUAUCACAACCACAAAAGAAAGGUACUAUUUUACACCACUUCGAUGAAACCAUAAACAUGAACAACAUAAGCUUUCUUCCUUUACAUGAAUGUGAUAGAUUUAUAGUAAUAUUUAUUACCAAGAGCACAAGAUGGGGUGAAUUUCUACACAAAUAAAUCCAGAGGGAUUUAGAAAACCAUUAUGUGAAGAAAUGUGUUAGUUGUGACCUAAUGGACUGUUAUACUGUAAAGGUGUCUUUAACACUUUAUUAAUCACUUUUAAGAAUAAGCCUUUAUAAAUGAAUAUACAUGUUUAUAAAUUAUUAUAAAUGUUGUACAUUUU